GGAAGGGGGGAGGAGGGAAAGGAGGAAGACAAGAUCGGGCUGUCUGUUGUGCUGUCAGAUCUCCUGAGCAAACAUGCCGGGCAGCGAUACGGGGAUAGCUGUGGACAGGACUUACUCCGAUCCGGAGAGGCACCAGCGGACCAAGACGAGGGUGGACCGAUCUGAUAUGAAUACACUCAGCUUGCCUCUAAAUAUCAGACGGGGAGGAUCAGAUACCAAUCUGAACUUUGACAUACCUGAUGGCAUCUUAGACUUUCAGAAAGUCAAAUUCUCUACUGACAGCCUGAAGCAGAAAAUCCUCAAAGUCACUGAACAAAUAAAAAUUGAACAAACGGCCCGUGACGGCAAUGUGGCGGAGUACUUGAAACUAGUGAACAGCGCUGAUAAGCAACAGGCGGGCCGAAUCAAGCAAGUGUUUGAGAAAAAGAACCAGAAAUCGGCUCACACAAUAGCACAGCUGCAGAAAAAACUGGAACAGUAUCAUAAAAAGUUAAAGGACAUAGAGCAAAAUGGCUCUGCAACAAGGAGUACAAAAGACAUUUCCAAAGAUCUUAAAGAUUUACAACAUUCGUUAAAGGAUGUGAGCAGUAGUUCUAGGCCUACUGGUUCCGCAGAGCACAGUAAAAUGGGCGUACCGGGGGUUUCUUUGACUCCGCCAAUGUUUGUCUUCAACAAAUCUCGGGAGUUUGCAAAUCUUAUUCGUAAUAAAUUUGGAAGUGCUGAUAACAUUGCUCAUCUAAAGAGCACGCUCGAUGACUUUCACCCAGACAGCAAUGCCAGGAACUUAAGUGGGAGUGCCACAAUUGUUGCUAAACCCAAGUAUGUAAGUGAUGAUGAGUGCUCUAGCGGGACAUCUGGCUCAGCUGAUAGUAAUGGAAACCAGGGAUUUGAUGGUGGACGGACAAGUGCUAAUGAUAACACUGGAGAUCUUGCUGUAUUUCUAGAAGAGUUGAGAGAAAUUAGAGAGGCCCAGACUCAACUGGCUGACGAUAUUGAGGCACUAAAAGUACAGUUCAAAAGAGACUAUGGAUUUAUUUCACAGACAUUACAACAAGAAAGAUACAGGUAUGAAAGACUUGAAGACCAGCUCAAUGAUCUGACUGACCUCCACCAGCACGAGACCACAAAUUUAAAACAGGAUCUGGCGAGCAUUGAAGAAAAGGUUGCUUAUCAGGCUUAUGAAAGGUCCAGGGAUAUACAGGAAGCUUUGGAAUCCUGCCAGACGCGUGUCUCCAAACUGGAGCUGCACCAGCAAGAACAGUUAGCUGUGCAGUCUGAAUCUGUGAAUGCCAAAGUACUCUUGGGCAAAUGUAUAAACAUACUUGUGGCCUUAAUCACUGUUGUUCUGGUUUGUGUGUCAACUAUCGCAAAGUUCACAGCACCAAUGAUGAGGAGCCGUUUCCACAUCUUUUGCACUUUUUUUGCAGUGACACUAUUUGCAAUUUUUUGUAAAAACUGGGACCACAUACUAUGUGCUCUAGAACGGGUUAUCUUGUCAAGAUGAACACCCAUGCCUGUGUGAACAAACUUCCUAUAGGGACUAGAAAAUGCCUUUUAAGUGGAUUUAUUUCUUUAUUACUACAUUGCUUUGUAGACUGUUUAUUUGAACCACUUUUCGGCAUGCUUACAUUCAUAUGUUGCCUUAAAGUUGCAUAAAUGGAUUUCUUUAAGUGACGGCUGUGAGGAGAUGAACCAUUAAAGGUGGAUAUUCCAUGUAGGAAACAAACAUCAACAAUCGUUCUGUUAGUCCUGUGGAUCUCUGUUGUGCAUAUCUUUGCUUGGUGUACAGUUAAUGUGACCUACCAAAGCUUUAUCUCGGUUACUGUAUUGUUUAAGUCCAUCAGGUUUGGCAAAAGAAACACAAUGAAAUGUUUGUUGUGAAUUCAUGUGCUUGUAAAUUGUAUUUAUUUAGCUGUUUCCAGAAUGUAUUCGUCCAUAUUUCUAUACAAUGACAUCAAAACUUGAAUGUUGUCAACACUGUUAUACUGGCCGUCA